ACGAUGAUUUUAUUUAAUUGUUAAUAAUUUUGAUAUUUUAUAAAUACAUUUUGUACCCUUCUUCAAACAGAUUCGAGACAUCAAAUUUUAUUUAUUUAUUUUACUUUUUUGUAUGGACGGAACAGAAAGAUGUUUGUCUCAGCGAUAUCUUCUCCUUCAAUCACUCUCAUCAGACUAUCAAAACCAAAUGGGCCAACCCGUUCACCGGUUCGAAAAAUCCUCUGCCUGAAUCAGCAGAGGCAGAGCAAAACCAGUACCGGAAAAUCUUGGAUCCUCCCAACAAGUGUCUCGCUCUUUGGUUCAGGCUUCGUCUUGGGUCCUCUUCUCGAUGGUCUCCACUCACGUGUCGAUCUCGUGGUUUACCAAAACGGAGCUUUUCAAAUCGGUCCUCUUCACACCAACAUCUGGGUCCCAUUCUUGCUUGGCUUAUUUUACUGCACAGUAGGUUUACUGCAACUUCUACUGGAUGAUAAAACCUCUACAAAGCCUCCACGUGGUAACCUGGACAAAACCGUAAUUUCACUCUUAGCACUGGUGUUGUUCUUAGAGCUAAGUGCUGAAAUGUAUAAAGCUGGAGUUUCAGACAACGUAGAAGCUUACAUUCUAUUUGCCUUAGCAGAAUUUCUAUGGUUCUCUCUGGAUAGAACCUGGCUUGGCUUCACCAUCGCCUCCGUCCUCGGUGUCGCCUGUCCCUUAGCCGAAAUCCCCAUUAUGCAAUUCUUUCAUCUGUGGUACUAUCCAGAAGCAAACAUAGAGAUCUUUGGUCAGGGAUUGGUCACUUGGACAACAACUUGCUACUUUGUCUACACACCGUUCUUGAUCAAUCUUGCAAGAUGGCUCAAGUCAGUUGCGGAGACUACUAGUGAUGUGGACAUUAGAAAAUGAAAUUUACAAGCAAGCGAAGAAUGUAUAGAGUUUCUAGCUUGCAAAGGUUCCAUUAGAUAUGUCGCCAAAAGAAACAAAUCCGGGUCAAGAUUUCAUUACUCUUAGUCCCUCACCAAGAUAAAACCUGCCAAAAUAGUUUUUUUUUUUAAUAAAAGAGUUGAUAUAAUAAUAAUUAUUUAACUCUAGAAGUUUGAUAUUGUUAGAAAAUGAAACUAUUAUGUAGUACUUAGUAAUUAUAUUGUUCUUUUCAACUAAAUUCAUUUGAUUAGAUCAAAAUAAAUGUUUUCGUUUUACUC